UCUCUCUCUCUCUCUCUCUCUGUCUGUCUUCCAAAGGACCUCGUCAGACAGGAAACAGUGGUCACUACUAUCUCAGGGUCAGUCCUCAUAAAAUACGUCACCCACCCACCAUGGACAGAAAAACACAUGCUUUUUAGAGACAUAGUAUGAACCAAAGCAGUUUUAAUGAGUGAUCAGCAAGAUUUAAUUUGUUUUUGUAUGAUAAAUGAAGCAGGUUCUGCGUGUGAGGUCUACUACUGUGUUCUUUGGCCAGCCAAUUGCAAGAAAGCCAUUGAUGUUUUAGUGUGCGAGUUGUUCAUGUCAUAGCAAACCAGUGCUAAAUACUCAGCUGUGUGUCAGCUACCGAGGUGGAAACGAGCAUCCGCAUCACCUCCCUAGUUUAGCAAGGCCAAAGUGAGAAAACAUACACAGUUUCAAAGAGGAAAAACAAUGGCCUCCUACAUUUACAGCCUGUCACCUUUUAGUCCCCUUCUCUUCGCCCUGUAUAACCAUACAUACUCACACUUCCCUGUUACAGAUAAACAGUGGAUGUUUGAGGUGAAUCCCAUCUGUCAGAGCCUCCUGUUUUCACGUGUUUGCGUGUGCAUUAUGUGUUAGGUAGCGAACUCUCGAUUGGAGUCAUGUCGGUGAGGUGAAGGCUUUGGCGUGUUACCAACAAACGUGGCAAGCUGUCCUAAAGUUCAGUCAAGCGCGUGAGAACCAGCUGGUUAUAAGCCUUGUCUUCGCUGUGAUAACUUACCAGGACUGUUGAGACGAGACCCUGUUUACAUUCAAACCAAUUAAGCCGUGUGACUCAUUCUAUAGGCUGGUGUGACGUAUAGGUCUGAGAGAGGGAACUAAAGGAAGUUUGCAGUUGGCUCUAGGACCUCAGGGGAAUUGUUUUCUGCAUUGUUCCAAAGAGAUGUGGGAAGGAGAUGGGGGUCACUCCACCUCUCUCUCUCCUCCCCCUGCGUCCUCUUCCUGCUGUUACAGACCAACUAUCAAAUGAGUCAGUGCUCUUGGAAAAGGGAAGCCUUUGAGCCUCGAGCUCUACACGUCUUUGUGUUUAUGUUUGGAUUAACAAGGACAGAAGGUGAUCAGCUUUGAUGUAAUUAAUUACUCCCCUGGAUGUUAGGUAGUGCUUGGGAGGAGCAAAGUGAUGCUUCUCAGAGAUGGCAACCGGUGCCAGGUUCUAAGGCAGCCAUGUUGGUGAAAGUGAACAGCAUGAGUCGAAGCCAUCCUAGCCCUUCAGUGCAGCAGCAUCUUCAGAACAGUGCACACAGCAAGGCCAACACCUUCCACCUACUUCCCUCCAGCAGCAGUGUUCAAGCAGGACACUUAGGCUCCACUCAAGGAUACAAAACUGCCCCUUCGGGCAAAAUGGCAUCCGACACACGUCAGGCCCAUCACUUGAGAAAAGCCAGCAAUGGUAGCUUUUGUUUAGUGCCAUCAGGUAGUAGCCACCCCAGUCCACUCCUUCACAGGUCGCAGACCAGCACACCCUGUCCUGUCUCUCAGUAUGGUUGCACUGUCCCAAUUUAUGAUGAACCAGUUUCAGAAUGCCCAAUAUAUGAUGAACCCCCAGUAGACAUGGAGGUAGAGGGAGCCCACCUGUACAACGGACAACUUCCGUCUCGCCUGACUCCUACCCAUAGCCUCCAAAAGCCCAGACUCCUUCAGCAUCCUGGUUCAGGUCAUCCAGGGUCCAGACACAGGAGGAAUGCUUCUUCCUCUGAUUACAGCCCAGCUGGUUUGGAAUGCAUUAAGCACAUGGUUAAUGUGGAUCCUAAACAAGGACACCUGCCUGGCUCUCCUGUAUUACCACGUGCCCCUUCCCCUAACAAACAGGAUUCUAUAUUAACCCAGCCUCACCAACAGUCACGUCCCCAGUCUCAGGCUCACUCUGUGCCACAGGUUCGAGGUUAUGUGCGGGACAGAGAACCAGGGACGCCAGGCCCAAGUACACUGGAUAAGAAACAAAAUUGGCGGGUUCUAGAAGCUACUGUGCAGCGUGCGAUGGAUGCACGGCACAGCAGACAGAGCAGCCAGGCCUCCCAGGACUUUGCUUCAUCAACCCCUCAAGCCACAGCAAACUAUCAAGACUCUGGUUAUUCCACUGGCCCUUCCCCAAGUCUGAGAAGAAAGAGUAGGAGGAGAGUAGGAGCCGGUGGUGGAGUCGGUGGCAGACCAGGAUCUGUAGGCAGCAGUGGGGAGCUUUGUGCCCUAAAUGAAAGGUUGAUGGCAGAGAUGAGGGAGGUUGUGAGUCGUUCAAACACCAUGAGGGAGGUCAGAGCAGGGCUGGACCCAGAGAUGGGAGAGAGGGUUGUUGUACCUCGGACACGCUCCCCUGCAGACUCACUCAAAUGGUAUGGCGGUGGGGCAGGAGGGCCAGGGGGCAGGUGUGCAUCUCGAGAAGACCUCACUGGGACUCCCCGCCCACUGAAUAGGACCAGUAACCAUUGCAACCCCACCCUGACUCCUCUGGAGAUGCCAGGGAGGCAAAAAAGGACCUAUGAAAAGGUUGACACCUUGGACAUGAGUGUAAAUAGCCAAGCCAGUCUGUCCUCACCAGACACACCAGGACCACCCUCCCAGGCAGGCACUCUAGAGUUGCAGGUUCAGUUGGAGAAUCGGAAAAAAGGCAUGGUGGAUGGCAGGACCGCUUCCUUGGGGCCCCACCGCUCUUCUAACCACGACAGUAGAGAUGGCGGUGAUGGUACGACUGGAUCCUCCUACCAGCUCUCCUAUGCCACCCUAAGGCAACCCCCACCUCCUGACAUGGGAAUGGAAGACUGGGCCAGCAAGCACCUCAACAUGCAUACCCAAGGCCUGUUUCGUCGCCGUGUUUCUAUUGCUAAUAUGCUGUCAUGGAACCGUGGAUCCAUUAAAAAGCCCAUGCUCGUUACCAGCAACCAAGCUGUUAGAAAGGAGGCCUGCGAGAUGUUCAAGCUGGUACAGGCCUACAUGGGAGACAGACCUUCACGUCUGGACCGUCGCCACUGUGCCCUGCUCAUUGUCACUAAGUGCUGGGACAUGCCAGGUCUACGGGACGAGCUGUACGUGCAGCUGGUAAGGCAGACCACUGGCAACGCCAGCCCCAGAAGCUUGGCAGCAGGCUGGGAGCUAAUGGCUGUGAGCUUGGCCUUCUUUGCUCCCUCUCCCAAGUUCCGCUGCUACCUGGAGGGCUACAUCCAGAGACACACGGAACCCACCAGCGACAAGAAAUGUGAGUCUCAGACUGAGCAACAGGUGACUCAGUUCAUAUUGGAACAGCAGGAACUGAAGCUGAAGAAGAAUUCAAAGUCCAGAAAGAAGCGAAAGCAGAACACGGAUGAGGAAGAGGGUCUACCUAUCAGCACGUUUGCCAAAUUCUGCCAUCGUAAACUGCAAAAGGUUGCCAUCACCGGAGGCAAAAAGGGGCUGCGUAAGCCCACCUUGGAAGAGAUCGACCACAGUAGGCGUGCCAUUGUCACCCCCUCCCUGUUUGGCAGCUCCCUCGAGGAGGUGAUGGAGAGACAGAGCGAGCUCUUUCCAGACAGGAAACUGCCCUGGGUUCAGGUUCAGCUUUCCCAGUAUGUGCUGGCUUUAGGUGGGGCUCAGACCGAGGGCAUCUUCAGAGUCCCUGGAGACAUUGAUGAAGUCAAUGCGUUGAAGCUCCAAGUAGACCAGUGGAGGAUCCCAGAGAAUCUCUCUGACCCUAAUGUUCCCGCAUCUCUUAUGAAGCUUUGGUAUCGGGAGCUAGAGGAACCUCUCAUCCCCAUGAACUUCUACAAACAGUGCGUCAGUAACUGUGAUGACCCAGCAUCAGCCAUAACUGUGGUGCAGUCUUUGCCUGAACUCAACAGACUGGUGCUCUGUUACUUCAUCCACUUCCUGCAGGUGUUUGCCCAACCAUCUAAUGUGGCUAUAACCAAGAUGGAUGUGAACAACCUGGCCAUGGUGAUGGCCCCCAAUUGCCUCAGGUGCCAGUCAGAUGACCCACGGAUCAUCUUUGAGAACACACGCAAGGAGAUGUCCUUCCUGAGGAUGCUCAUCGUCCACCUGGACACCAGCUUUAUCGAAGGGGUGGUGUAGACACCAUGAGCCACAGAGCCUACUUCAGCUAUGUCUAGUUACACAUUACAUAAGUAUGAAUAAACACUGCCUCUGGCUCAAAAGACACUGGAAAUUGUUGGGAUGAGAUAUUACACCUCUUACAGCAUAAGGAGCAUAAGAAAAGUUUGGACUUUGCACUUUUGUGCUCUCCUCUCUUACUGUAAGACCGUACACAUCACCAUAGGUUUCACUGUGUUCAUAGUCAAGAAAUCUGAGUCUUACAGUAUUUACUUCAGUUCAGAAGUAAUCGCUUGCACAAAAUCCGUAAAGAUAGCUUAGUUGCUCUACUUUAAGUUUUUUGUUUUUUUGUUUUUUUUUUAGCGUGUGAACGAUAUUGUCAGUGUGAACAAAAAAUCUAGCCUUUUAUUAUGUACAGUAAAACUAAAAAUAUGUCUUUCAAAGGUGUAUCACUAAUAAGCUUGUCUGUGCUGAGUAUUUGUAUUGAUAGCUUGUCUCAUCAUAUGUUAUUUUAUGAAACAAAAGGAUCCACGCCACCGCAUCCUGCGUGAUCUGAACGAGACUGCAUCUCAAAGCGCAAACUGGAAGCAUGUGUGGAAAAGCUCUUUCUUAAGGAUGGUGGCGAUAUUCUCUUUGAAUAAACUUGCAAGUGCUUUGACAAGAUAAACAAGAGUGCAGUCAUUACAGUGUUUGUCAUGGUGAUUUGGGAGGCUGGUUAUUCGGCUGUAUUCUUUCUCUGUUGUCUAUAAAAAAAGUUAGAAUUGUGUUUAUAUUUGUGAUCUGGAUGUUUUUUGCCUCAGGUCUUACAAUAAAAACGGGUGUUGUGGUAAUUGUACACGAUCGCUUUAACAUUUAAUUAAUCUGCUACAAACCCCUUUACUGAAAAUGGACAGCUGUUCAACCGUCGGGCACUAUGAAAAUGUUAAUAAAGCUUUUCUUCUCCCCUGUCAGGCUUUGCAGAUGUAAAUAUAUUUAGCUUGUAAAUAGUAAUAACUCAAGUGUAGUUUAAUGAUCCCGGUUAAAGGUGAAGUUAACUGUUUGCUUUUAAAAGCAAUUAAAAAGGUGUUUUUGUAUUUAACCGUUCGCAUUUCCCUGCCGUAACCGCCUGCUACACAAGACUGAUUCAGACCACUGUCUGUGUGUGUGUAUAUAUAUGUGUGUGUGAUUACAAACAUCCCCGGUAAAAUAUGGAGUUGCUGUCCAUAAUAAAGGUUUGUUCAACUGCA